UUUGUAAUUUGAUCAACUAUUUAUAUGUUCGAACUCAACUGUGACAAACGGUACAAAAUUAAAAGUGUGUUUCUUUUCGAUUUAUUUGCAAAAUGGUGGUUAUAUCUUGAACACUUUCAGGACAACUCUCGUGAUCGGACUUUCAUUAAUUGGGCUGAUAUCGAUCUUCGCUCAGGCAACUGAAACGAUAUAAGGUCAGCAAUGAGGCUUACUCUUUUGGCGGGUACAGCGCUGUUGCUGGGAACAUGUGUUUACUCCCAACCCCAACCACCAUGCAGGACUACUUUAGAUGUAUGUCGGGUGGAUAGCGACUGUGGAGACGGGGGGAAAUGUAAUACGGUAUCAAGCAAAUGCUGCGAACAGUUACCUCCCAUGCAAUGCAAGAUUACACCAGACCAAGUAUGUCAGAAAGAUAGCGACUGCAGAGAGGUUUGGGGAAACAUGGGAAAAUGUGAUACGAAAUCAGAACGUUGUUGUGAUCUCUCCGCUGACGGUAGUGAGGCAGAUCUCCCAGCUCUUAAUGCGUCAUGUCCGGGACUUAAGCCUGACACUCCAUGGAAUUGUACGGGUCUGACAGCCUGUCCGACGUCCAACCAGGGCACAUGCGGUCCCGAUAAGCAUUGUUGCUUAGCCGGUAAAUGCGGAGAAAAAUGUCUACCAGAUCUGAGUAUCUGCGUAGAUACGAGCAGAAUUCUCCAAACUGUAAUAGCAAACUUUGAUACAUGUCUGGUGAAAAUACAGGAUGUUCUCACCGCGACAACGUUCGAUAAAUAUUGUGGCUCGCUCUUGGGCGGAUUACAGUGCGUUUCCGAAAAACUGACGCAAGGUUUCACAGACCCUAUAUACAGUAGCCUGUGUUUCCGAAGAAUGAUGAGGUAUAUGGCUAAAUCUCCACAAGUUAUUUUUGAUGAAAUAGAAAAGUAUAUGAAAGCAUUUGGACAACCGUUCAACAUAAACCAAACCUUUGUAUCCAAUUCUGGAAAAUGUCCAGUUCCUGGCGGUGAUGAUGAUGAUGAUGACAGUAAAGACAAAGAUGACGAUGAAGACGAAGAUAAAGACUGGAACUCUUCUUGUCCAAAAAUGGACGAUGAAGGCGGUCUAUGCCCAGCUACAGAAUGUACCACAGAUUCCGAAUGUGGGACAGAUAAACCUAAGUGUUGCAGCCUUGGUAGAGAGGAGUGCCGCACCUGUAUGCCAGAUUUCAAGCAGUGUGGCAGUAUAGAACUGGUCAUUGCUAGCCCAAAAGUAGCAGCCUGUCUUCCCAAGCUUCUCCAGUUAGGACAGAUUAGAAACUACAAUCAAUAUUGCAGUGUUAUAUGGGAUGCAUUCGACUGCUUAGCGGAAAAUAUCAUGCCAGAUGCUGCAAAUAAGGACUUGUGUUUAAAAAGAAUGGCAGUAUAUGUGCAGCAGUCACCAUUUGAAAUUAUAAAAACAAUUAUAAGCGCAUUGCAAGGAAUGUCACAGGGCGUAAGUGGUGUAGAAAUGCUGUCAAGAUACGCCAGAGGUACCGCCGAAUGUAAAGAAAGUCCACUUUAUGAGGCUCCUGAACGUCCAGUCCCUGAUGAUGUAAAAGUGUGUUUUAACAAGGAAAGAAUAAUGGGUGCCGCUGGACAAUGUGGAAGAAUAACGGGAAGUUCAAGGGCGACGAAUGAGGCAUGUGGGAAUCUUAAGACCUUGAUCGAAUGUAUCGCUGGCAAGUUAGUUCCUGGUCGAGACGCAAACGCAGUAAGAAAGUGUGCCGGUGAAAUUUAUGAGUUUGUUGAAAAAAAUCGCGAACGACUGUCCAAUGUCUUUGGAAAUUUGAAUCCAGAAUCAUGCGAAGAGAGAACCUCAGUAUGUGGUGGCGACAUGAAGCCUCUUGAUAUAAACUGUACACUGGCUGGAUGUCCAGCAAACUACGUCUGUAAAGAUGGCUAUUGCUGUCCUCAAGAGAAACAAGGAUGGUGUCCAAAACAGGAACCAGGUGAGAGGUCUAUCUGUAAACGGGAAUGUAAAAUGGACUCUCAGUGUGAGGCUAAUGAAAAAUGCUGCAAGUCUAUGAGCUGUGGAUAUAAAACCUGCAUGAAAAUGGAAACGGAAAUGGAUCAUGAUAAAAGUAAGUGUGAAAAGGAGUUCGAGGAUGGGAAAAGGCAGCUUCAGAACCAAGGAAUCUGUGGAGACGGCACAACAUUGACAAAAUUACCACGCUGUCAAAAUGAAAGGUUUAGUCCAAUGCAAGUUAUAACAGAGACCCUCCGUGGAUAUUGUGUUAACGAAAACGGAACAAAAAUAAACGGUUCAGAUUUUAUCGGAAAUAGGGAUUGUACUAAAGUACGACAAGGACGAUGUCCUACACCCCCUGCCGCAUGUAAAAGUGUGGGGAAGGAUGCGGAUACCUGUCAUAGUGACGACUUCCGGUGCGGUGAUGACGAAAAAUGUUGUAUUGCGUUAGAAGGAAAUACAUGCUUGACAAAAUGUAUUAAGGCGCAAAAAGCACCUGAAACAGUCGUUGAUGACUGCGCUGACAGGAAGUGUUGCCCAGUGACAACAUGCGAUAACAAAAUUUGUUUGAAAGACAGAACAGCUCGUUGUCGUAUAAACUCAUGUGGAAAGUGCGAAGCUGAAUUUUACAAUCUGAAAGGAGAAAAUGUUAACUGCAGUGAAGAUGUAUCACUUUGUCAAAGGCAAAGAGCAGAAGCACGAGAAGAAAAUGCUAGAAGGCGAAAGUCAGAAUUUGAUAGUAUAUCUUCUUUUGUGAUGAGCCGUGACAGGAGAGAAAGAGAAAGCAGGGAAGGACCCGACUCCGAUGAAGACGAUGAUAACGAGAUGGAAAAAGACAUGAGGAGGGAUGAGUAUGGAAUGAGUAGACAAGGGCUAGACGACUUACCAGAAGAUAGUGAGGAUGAAAUGGGAGACAUGCGAGAGAGGAUGACGUCAGUAAGUCUUCGGCUCUGUGCAGUUUUUGAUAAGUUUAACGUUUGCAAGAAUGGAGGUGAAUGCAAAAUAGGAAGCGGAGAAAGCUUUUGGGAAAUCUGCAACUGUGCCAGCGGAUACUCUGGCUUGUUUUGUGAAAACUCUGGAUCAGUCAAGCCAUUAGAUACCCAGUGUUACCGAGACCACCAGAGAAUAAAAACAAUGUCCGGUAUAAUGAUGACAACGGACAAUAUGAAAGAAAGAAUGCUUCUUCAAGAAAUGUUUAAUAAAGUCAAACCUCCUCAAAAAAUAAUGUCACUCUUCGCCUGCGACCCUGCAACUGGCAGUUAUAAAGAAAUACAGAUGGGAAUGAUCCUUCCAAAUACCAUCAACUCGAUCAAGAUUUACUACUGUGCUGACACGAACACUGGUCUUAGGAAGGAAGGGACGCCGGUAACUCUGGCACAGUCAGAACGUAUGCCGAACUGUGCUGUAACAACAGCCAUUCCUGACAUCAUGGGACUUCCCAAGAAGUGCAUGUCUAUGAACAUGUCAAUAUGUACAGCAACUGAUGAAUGUCAGUAUUUCUUGAACCAGGAGACCGGUAUGUGUGAGAAAGGCAAGGCGGGAGGUGGUUUCCGCAAACUUACUGACUGCUAUGACCAAUGUACAAUACAAAAAGGAUGUAUCAAUGAUCCAACAGGUAGCAUGGAAAAUUCCGAAGAUUUCGUCUGUGAAAAAGGAAUAAUAUCUGGUCCGAAACCUUGCAGGAUGACUGACGAAAACAAUGAAGAGUACGAUACUUGUGACUAUAACAGACAAUUUUGUGAAGUUGUAGAAACUGAAACUGGACACAAUGGCACAUGUACAGCAUUCCCAAGUUACUGUCUGGAAAGUCCUGACAGCGGUUUUGGCAGCAGGGAAAUCGGAGCAUACUAUUUCAAUGCCAUGACUCGAAGGUGUGAGAAGUUCCGGUAUAAAGGUAGUACUGGUAAUGGGAACAGGUUCUACAGUCUACAUCAGUGUCAUACAGAAUGCGGCCCCCGCCCUUACAAGUUCGACGACGUGGUAUGUCCGGUACCAAAACUACUGGCAAUGUCAAUGGAAAGCCCGAAUGAUAUGUGCGACGAGGAUAACGACUGCCACGGCACUGAUGUUUGUUGUUCAACUGGUAAAGCCAAAGUCUGUACAAGCUACACCAGGACAUGUUUUACAAGUAUGAGAUGUUCCCUGCACGGCUCCUGUUUGGAAGGGAAGUGUGUGUGUGAUGACUGCUCGAACGCAGUAAAGUCAGAGGUCUGUGGAUCCGAUGGAAUGACGUACCCUAGCGUGUGUCAUCUAAAAAAGAAAUCUUGCGAAAUGAUGCAGAAUGUUACUGUUGCAUUCAAUGGAUCAUGCAAAACAAAAUGUGGCGAUAGCUAUUGUGCAAGUUACGAAAUGUGUAACAACAAUGUCUGCAAGUGUCCAGAAUUUUGUACUGAACAAUAUGAACCUGUAUGUGGGAAGAGUUCCAAGUCAGGAGCGUAUUGUUUAUUCAGUAACGAAUGUAAAAUGACAGUGCAUUCAUGUCAAAUGAAGGAAAGAUUCGUCAAGAUAAAAGAUGAACUUUGUAGUCCAAAUGACUCGCCUGGAACCUGUAUGUUACAAUGUACUAGAGAGUACAAUCCAGUGUGUGCGUACGAUACUACUGAGGACGUACCAAAGCUCGUGACAUACGCCAACCCAUGUCGAUUAAGGGAAGCAUUACUGAAUGGGAAAAAGAUUAAAGUGCUCUAUCCUGGACAGUGUGCCCAAAAAUGCGGUGACACCGAAUGUGAACACUACCAAGUAUGCUACAACAACACAUGCACUUGCCAAGAAGGUUGCACCAAAGAGUAUAGACCAAUCUGUGCCCAUCCCCUCAGCAACGAUGCUAAAUUGAUUACAUUUUCUAAUCUUUGCUUAAUGAAACAACAAUCUUGCAAGGAGGAAAAAACGUACAUGAUCGUUAAACAUGGCGCAUGUAAAGAACCAGAACCUGUGUAUGAAUGUCCAAAGACAAGACCUGAUAUACCAUUUAGUGCAACAGUAGAAUGUAAAAAAGAAAACAAUGCCGGAUGUGACACAGGCAUGGGAGAGAUGUGCUGCCCAUACGGCGCAGGCAUGAAGUGUUUGCCCAAAAAAGCUCUGGUGCGCCGCAAGACAAUGAAAGAUGGAAUAUGUCCAAACUUUUACGGAAAUAAUUUCGAUUCCACUAACUGCAAAAGCAGCAUGUGUAUGUCCGACGACGACUGUGACGGGGAUUCAAAAUGCUGUGAAAAUGAUGUGUGUGGCAAUAUGACAUGCGCAGCACCAUUAGUACGAGAUGAUGAAAGUCCCUGUGGGGCAAAUGCAAAAAUGGUGUCACAGUGUGCACCCAAAAUGGAUGAGACGGGCUGCCCUGAAGUGGGUACAUGCACAUCUGUUGUGACUGCAGAAAACGAAAACGUUGGUAUUUGUUGUGUACCGAAUGAACAACUAAUGAAAGGAGAUAUAGAAAAAGAGCUCAUGCAGUCUAAGUUCUGUAAACUGAUGUCUAUGAUCGGAAUCACCUGUGAGAACAAUGGCACGUGUAUAGGGGAUAUUCGCGGAGGAGAGGUUUGCCAGUGCAGGACUGGAUAUUUCGGCCCAUUUUGUAGGAACACGCUUCCUCCAGAUGAUUGUGGUGUUACAGUAGAAGUACAGUGUGCUGCAAACCCAUGCGAUGUCACCAAGUGCCCUGGUGUACCGGAAGCUACAUGCGAAGCCAAUUAUUGUGGCGGUUGUAACGCACUAUUCAAGAAUGGUUCGGAUGAUGUAACACAUCUUUGUCAAGCUACCCCAUGCUUGGUACAGAGAGCAACAAUGACGAGACUGGUAAAGGCUGUAUCUGACUCGCCGAUGGAAAAUGAAGGUGAUAUGAAUACGCGAAGAAAGCGUAGGGAAACGCAUAUGGAAGACAAAGAUGAUAUGGAUGAAGAUACAAACCCUUUCAGCAAAAUGUUGAUGUAUUUGAUGAAACAUAUGGGCAUGCAUUCUGCACCAGAAUGUACAGCGGAGGGGAGUUUCAAACUGGAACAAUGCUCGCGAGAUAUGAUGAGUAAUUCGACAUACUGUUAUUGUGUUGAUGGUCAUACUGGGACCCCUAUACCGAAUGGACCGAAAUUAUCAAACCUGGGAAUGCUGAACUGCAGUGACUUAAGCGCAAACAACAUGGGACUACAGGAGUUCUGCUGGAAAGAGAUGCCAAGCAAGAAAGUAUGUGGCGAGACUAUGACAUACAGGUUCUUCUACAACCCUGCCACAAUGGAUUGUGAAAUAUUCUCAGAUUAUGGUUGUAAUGUAGACGCUAAAAAUAACUUUGUCAACUACGAAACAUGUAAAUCUGCCUGCGGUGUAAGAAAUAAUGUUUUGUCAAAGUGCGCUACUGUCAGAUGUGGAAAUGGUCAAAGAUGUUUUAUCAAAGAUGGAAACGCUGUUUGUAUGGACCCAGACAACAUUGAUACUAAGUUUGAGCCCAUAUGCGAUGCUGACGGGAAGUUCAGUCCUAAACAAUGUAAUGGUGAAAUGUGUAAAUGUGUAAAUCGUGCAACAGGAGCGACAGUUGAUAAUUCUGAAGCAGAUGGUGCACACUUGAAAUGUGAGAGAGACGGAGAAGCUGUGAAGGCAAUAAGAACACAGACUAAACGUUGUACUGGUAACAAACCCGCAAAAUUUUGUGACGAUGGAGCGGGUAUAUGUAACAACUGUGAAGGUAACGCUAACCAAGGCAAUGGACGUGGGGAUGACAGAAAGGUAGACGAGAAUAAUGUCUGUACCUCAUGUCAAAGCUGCCCAGCUGGCCAAGGCAAGCAGAAGUGUCCCACAGAAAAGUUAUGUAUAGAUAAAUGCAAACAAUUUCCUAGCGCAGUGUGCCGGAUCAAUAAAUGUACAUGCAAAGAAGAAUACAUCGCCAAUGAUAGAGUAGUUAACUGUUCGGCUGUACAAUCUCAGUGCGAGAAGGAACGGCACAAUAUCAAGCUCGAGGAAUGGAGCGAAAGGGUGAAAAACAAUGGGAAAUUACCAGAAAAUGUGAAACAGUUAAAGUGCAGUGAAUCCGGAGCUUAUUACGCUGAAUGUAUGGGGAACCAAUGCUACUGUGUGAAUGCUACAGACGGACGUAGGGUCGGAAAUGCUCAAACUGGCCGCAAUGUCAACAACAUUGAGUGCGGUUCGGUACAGAGAAAAACGAUUCUUCAACGUUUGAAUAUGCUGAUUAGGUUUCUAAAUAAACUGUGGAGUGAAAUGACUACAGGACAGCAAAAGCAGUUUAACAGGACAUUUGUAACUAAAAUUGAAUCCAGAGGUUCACUGAAGGUGUCAAAAGUCAAAUAUUCCGAUGGAAGCAUCAUUGCAGAUGUGGAAAUAGAAAAAUGCAAUGCGGCCGAAUGUGGUGCAGAUUCUGGAACUUCCGAAUUAAGCUCAAUUGCAGCAGACAUACAAGCGGAGGCAAAUUCGGGUGAACUGGUUAUAGAGGUAGAUGGUGAAAGUAUCGUUGCUUCAUCAGGAACUAUAACUAGCGGUGUUACAGCAGAAGAACUAGAAGGACCAGCAACUGAAAAAACACCUGACGACGAUGACAACACCACAACAAUAAUCAUUGUUGUAGUAGUUGUUGUGGUCGUUGUUAUACUUGCAGUAGGAAUUGCCUGCUAUUGCUACAAUAAGGCAAACAAAUCCAAGAACAAGGACAUACCGUUCAGUGACUUACAGGGCAACAGCAACCCUGCAUAUGGUAAAGCUUAAUGUCACAAAAGGGAUGAAAAUGAACAAAUAUCUCCAUUGACUACGUAUGAAGUAUAAAAUGAACAUAUAACUCCACUGCAUAUAGCUCAGUAAAAUAUAAUUAUGUGGAGUGGAAGAUCCUCUUCAAUGAACAUGUCACUAUAUAAAUGACCUGCAGUGAAUGAAUCAAUCAUUUAUAAAAUCUACAUGUUGCGGUGAACAUAUUAUACGCAAAUAAAUUUGUAUCUAGAGUAAUCAUUAUUUGUCGAAAAAAAUAUGAGUGUUUAAUAUCUUUAUUUUGGCAUGUAAUUUGUAUAAAUGUAUGUAUAUUAUAUAUGGGUAAUACUCUAACUUUUUAUUCAUUGAAUUUAUUUUUAUACACACACACACACACACAUAUAUAUAACUUAACAUUUUCUAUAGUUCUACUAUAUAUACUAUAUGAAAUCCAGUGUUUUAAUGUUUGUGAGCUUUAUAUUAUAUCAUUGCUGUUGCAUGUAUGAUCAGUUUGUCUAGUUUAUAUUCUAAAGAUGUAUUCGCACCUGAAUAUGUGUGUGUUUAUAUUUAAAACUCUUCACCGUGGUGUUGUGAUCAGUGAAUGCUUUACUCAUAUCUGGUCCCUUCAUGCAAUCUUUUAAUGAGAACUCUCUGCAAAUUAGCAGAUUAACAUUGUCUUUAAUCUUAUGGAAGUUUUAGACACAAGAUUGUUAUUUCCAUGUAUGUUAAGAGGUGUUAAAUGUCUGUGCAUUUGAAUAAUAAUUAUCGUUACCAUUUUAGUGUAUCAAUAUUUCAUGUCUACAUAUGUAGAGUUCUAACAGUUAAUAAGAUAAGACCAGUGUUACUGUGCUGACAUAAUUCUGUAAUAUGACUUGCUGAGAUUAAGGAUGUACAGGCUGAUCAUAAUAUACAUUGGACGCAAAGGCAGAAUCAGUCGUGUCCAGCAUGAUUAAGGUUAUGCUUGAAAUAAUGUACGAAGAGCCACCUGGGGUUUUCUUCCACCAUGAAAGCUGAAAAGUUUUCAUACAACUAUAAUUGUGUCUUCGUGAUAUUACACCAAUGAAAGCAAAGCAGAUCAGAUCAGACAUUGAGAUAAACAAACUUUUUAAAGCUAGGUAACAGUAAUGUUCUUUUUCAAGAAGCUCUUUGUAUAUUUAUUUCAUAGUAAUAAUACAUACUAAUACGUAUGGUUUCAAUUAAUAACAAACUUAUCAGUGUUGUUGUUUAGCUAAAGGAACACAACCUCAAGAUUAGGUCAGUUUUCAAGUUGGCGAAAUUUAGAAAUAACUUUGAAAUUCAUUUGUUAGUAAAUACUAAAUGAAUACGAUUUGAUUCCUUUAACUUUUGGUAGAAUGUUGACACAAACACUCGUGCAGUCUUUAACACUUUUACAGAAAGAUAUCGAAGACAUUUAUCACAUGGAAAAUAUUUGAUAUUUUCAUAUUCUGGCGUUUAUCUUAAGGUCAGAUCCUUAGAAUUACCUUUGGUUGUUUAGAUCUAAUACGUAUAUACUGUUUAAAUUAUAUCUAUUGUGGGUGCAUUUUCUGUGGAAAGGUCAAAAGAAAUAUUUACUUUAGAAUUUAUAUAAACUGAAAAAUACAGAUCUAAUGUGUAAGAUAUGGUAAUGGAUAUCUUUGACUUACUCUCUUUAUUUGCGCUUUUUACACAAUGCAUGACGGAUAUAAUCAAACAUAACUGUCUAGUAAAUAUUGUCAGAUUGCUAGAAUUCAGUUGUUACCUCUAAGCAUAUUUACAAAGCACUGUUGCCGCACAGUAUAUACGAAUAGAUUCAAACGAGGAACAACCUUCAAAUCAGAAUGAAGGUUACAUUGCAGAUGUUACAAAAACAUAAGUUCUAGAGUUUUAAUUGUAAUGAUUUAUUAAUAUUAUAUUCAUGUGUCAUUACUCUACUUGAAAUGUUAAAAGCCAAAACAUCAUAUAGCUAUUUAUGUAUGGCAAAGCAGACUUUUGAUAAAAUCAAAAUAAUCAAUCAUAUUCAGACAUGAUUAUCUCUUUACAAAAUGCCACAAAGCAUUAGAAGAAUUGUUUACAUUUCUUACAGAAUUGAAUUAUCCAAUAUUGCUAUUUAUGUUGUAUUGUUAACUGAAUAAAAUAGUUUCUCACCA